UCCCCGAAGAGUGAAGCUGCUUCGUAGCGAGUCACUUCUCUCCAGCUCUUCUUCCAGACUUUUGGAAACGCUUGAACCUCUCACGUGUCAUUUUCAUGGAGGAUAUUUUCUUGAGUGUCACUGUCAGAGAAUAGUAAUGUCAGAGGAAAGCAGCAGCUGUGACAGUGCAGGCGAAAGAUAUCUGCCAUGUUGUGCCUCUGCUAAGUUAACUAUUGUGGUCGGAGACACUCACUUCUCUGAGGAGAAGAUGUUGCUUGUUCAGAGCUUUGACUAUUUCCAAGCUCUGUAUCGCUCUGGGAUGAAAGAGUGUCGGCAGGAAGAAAUCCACCUCAAGUCUCUGCAUGCUCAAGGCUUCCUUAUCGCCUUGGCAGUUUUACGAGGUGAGAUGCCCGUCCUGGAUGGCGAUGACAUUGUUGAGGCCAUUGAAUGCGCUGCUUUCUUGCAGGUGGCGGCGCUCACUAAGCAUCUCAUUGACCUCAUUGACUCUGACAACUGUUUGCUGAUGUAUCACACCGCUGCAACCUUCGGCCUCAUGGACCUUUACCACGCUGCUGCGCUGUUUAUCCGAAAUAUGUACGCCGACCUGGAGGCGGAGGUCAGGAAAACCUUACCGUCAGAGCUGAUCUCCUAUGUGGAGUCUUUGACCCCGAGUGUUUUUGUGGCUGUGGGGGCCCAUGUGACCUGCGGUGUGAAUGAAACUGUACAUGCUGCUUCCAGGACGGUCUGCUACCUGGAUGAAACUGGCAAUAAUUGGAAAGUAUUAACAGAUCUUCCACUACAGGCCAGCACCUCCAUGGCCGGAGUGACUGUUUUAGACAAUAAACUCUACAUUGUCGGAGGAGUUCAUGGAGUUCAUAAACAAGUUGUGGACUCUUGUUUCUGCUACAGCGUUGAAAACAACAGCUGGAGCAGGAUCUCCUGUCCAGCACAGCUGCGAUACAAUCUCAGUCUUGUGGGUGUAGAUGGUCGUCUUUACGCCAUAGGAGGAGAAUAUGAGCGAACAGUGAUGUCAUCUGUGGAAACGUAUGACAUAAAGACCGGAAGGUGGGCAUUCGCUGCUCACUUACCUCGACCGGUGGCGGGCACGGCGUGCACCAAAGCCAUGAGCAGGAUAUUUGUGUGUUUAUGGAGGCCGAUGGAGACCACAGAGAUUUACGAAUAUGUCUCAAGAAAAGACGAGUGGCGGCUUGUUACCACGCUGAUCAGGCACCAGAGCUAUGGCCACUGCAUGGUCGGCCACAGGGACAACCUGUACGUCAUGAGAAACGGGCCGUCGGACGACUUCCUGAGAUGUCUGAUGGACUGUUAUAAUCUGAGCUCAGGCCAGUGGUCGUCUCUGCCUGGACACUUCGCCAACAGCAGAGGUUCACUGUUCACAGCUGUGGUGAGAAGCGACUCUGUGUUCACGCUCAACAGGAGCAUGACUCUGGAGUACGCCGUGGAAGGUAAAACCUGGAAGCCCCGACGGCAGAUGAAGGGUUUCCCCAGAAGUGGAUCUGUGUGGACGUUUCUGCUCCGGCUGCCAGACGCUCUAAUGCUGCAGUAAUGGCUUAAUUUGUUCUGGGAUUUAUCGGAUUGUCAGCAUCUUUUUCUGAGGUCUGGGAACACAGUGGCAUCUCCAAAAAGAAGUCAGAAGAGGUUUUGCGUCAAAGUCUGUUUCCGCUGCGAAAAGUUUUUCCUGUAGACCUGCCCUUUCUGGUUGGGGUUAGGGUAAGGUUGGGUUUAAGUGAGGGUAAAGGGAAACAGAAAUCGAUGGGGAAACAGACUCGGAUACAACAGAGGCCCCAUUUACUCUUGUCAUUUCAAGUGUCUCAUAUCCGAUAAAAUCCAGAUGCGAUUUGAUACAUUUUGGUUUACACUCACAUAUAUGCGUCUCCGUUGGCCAGAUCACAAAUCUAAUCCGCAUGCAAUGCAAUCCGUUUUGGUAUUCCUGGACUACAUGCAAAUCAGGCUCUGCCCAGAGGGUGGUGGUAAUUUCAGUGCAACUUAAGCUGCCAUUAUCACAGAGAAUAGAUCCUGUGAUCGGUUACUGAUGCAGUUACAGUUGGGAGGAGUAAAGAUUAUGUAUGUGUCUCGGUGGAUUUCAAUCCAUCCCUAAUGCUUCUUCAAUGCAAUUACCCUUUGGUUUUUAUAUCAGAUUGCUAUUUGAUCUGGCCAAGAUACAUAAAGUGUAAAUGGGCUCAGAGGCAAGAAACACGAGCAGUCAGAUGCUCACUGUAAACCUCCAUGUUAGACAAAGUUAUUUGGAAAAGAAAAGAAAGGUGAAAAUGAAGCCAAGCAGUAAAAUUAUUACCCAAACAUGGGAUGUUGUGUAAGCAAGAUUUGAUGUCAGAAACACUAAUUCCUUUGAGGGACUUUUAAGUUCUAUUUACUGGCAUUUUUAAUAAUAUUUGUUAAUGUAAAUGUCUGUGUGUGUGAUGACUGCUUUGUGUGACUGACUCGCCCUGUUGUGAGGUUAUAUACUGUAUAUGUUUGUUCUCAGGUCUUUC